AUGACAUCUCAUUUACUCAGUCGCAGUGCUCAAAAACGAGCAUUUUUCUCUUUCAAUACGAUCUUUUGGGUUCUUGGUUUCGGUUCCUUACUGAUCGGCUUGUGGUCUUAUGUAACAAAGCAGACAUAUGUAGAUCUUAUUCCAUCAUCUUAUGGUACUCUUUCUGCGGUAGGCUUAUGUAUUGCGGCUGGACUUACAGUGAUUAUCAUUACAUUUGUUGGUUGUUUGGGAGUAUGGAUUGAAUCGCGCUUACUUUUGCUUGCCUAUAUAUUUUUCAUCUGCCUUCUGUUAGCUGUUCAAUUCGUAGUGAGUAUCCUUACGUUGAAUUACCAGUCGGAUAUUUAUCGACGUGUCCGCAUUGAAAUGGAGCAAAGCUUAAAGUAUCAAGGGGAAGUGUUCACGAGCAGUCAAUUGACAUGGGAUAAUUUGCAGAAAGUGUUUCUCUGUUGCGGUGUAAAUGGUCCGGCAGAUUGGUUUGAUGAUCAAAAGUGGUCAAACAGUUCUUACGUUCCUGAUAGUUGUUGCAAUAAACUUUAUUUCAAUCAUAAUUCUUCGAUGGGUUGCGGUAAAGACAAAGAAAAUUGGGAGUUUUGGUUCCAACAGGGUUGCAGUGAUGUUUAUGCGAAUUGGAUCUUUGAAGAAAUUAAAAUUGUGGCCUACAUUGCUUUAGUCUUCAUUUGCAUUGAGUUUCUCCUUUUGGUACUGGCAGUUCUCAUAUUUCGAUCGGUACGUAAAAGCCGGAUGUCGUACAACUGCUCCAGUUCUGGUUACCAUUAUUCAAAAGGAAUUAGUGUUAAAUCACAUCAGAAAAAGUUAAAAAAUUCCUUUUCUCGCAGUUAG